AUGUGUGCGGAUUUUAAUAUAGACCUUCUGAAUCACUUUGAUGUGAUUCAAAACUCCCAGCUUCCACCGAUUUUCGCAAAGUACGACAAUUUGGUGCAUUGGUCGCCAAAUGAGGUGAUCCUGGACAUUGGCUGCGGUAGUGGAUUCACUUCGAAGGAAUUUAUCUAUCCCCUCAUCCCGGAGGACUACUCACGCUACGUCUGCUCAGACAUUUCCCAAGCAAUGGUGCAGGAAGCUGAGAAAACUUUUGCAGAUUAUCCGAAAGUUUUCUUCCAGCAAUUGGACAUUGCGAAGGAUUUAAAUGAGACGAACAUCUAUGAUCACAUCUUCUCCAUUUGGUGCUUGAUGUGGGUGUCGGAUCACGUAAAAGCCUUCAGGAAUAUUUAUGAUCUUCUCGUGCCUGGUGGAGGAACUUACCUGAUCUUCGUUGAGAAGCACAUUAUGAUUGAGACAAUCCUUGAGUUACUUGAGAGGCCAAAAUGGCAACCAUUCGUCCCGAAUCCAAGAGAAGUUUAUCCAUUCCCCUAUCGAAAUGAUCCAGAUCCUGUCGCCAGUAUAAAAAGUAUGAUGGAGGACAUUGGAUUUAUUAAUGUGCAAGUUUAUUUGGAGACAAAUACUUUUGGCUUUUCGAGUGAUGAAGAAUUUUUGGGAUUCCUAAAAGCCCUUCCGAAUCCUCUGCAUUUGAUGACGGAAGAAGAGCAGGAAGAGUACCUAAAGGAAGCCCUUGAAAUUGGUUAUGCCAACAAUGCUAUUACAGAUCCGACUUAG